AUGGUGGCAUCUCGUGAUCAUCAGGAAAGCUACGCUGAUAAGCAUAGGAACCCGUCGGAAUUCCAAGUUGGUGACAUGGUGUUGUUAAAAGUUUCACCUUGGAAAGGUGUUGUUCAUUUUGGAAAACGGGGCACACUAAAUCCGCAUUAUGUCGAACCAUUUGAAAUCACGGAAAGAAUUGGCAUAGUGGCAUAUAGACUGAACUUACCGGAAGAACUUAGUGGUGUGCACAAUGUCUUCCACGUGUCGAAUCUGAAGAAAUGUUUAUCAGAUGAGGCACUCAUUGUUCCUUUCAAAGAACUCACGAUUGAUGAUCAGAUCCGUUUCAUGGAGGACCUAGUUGAAAUCAUGGAUCGAGAAAGCAAAACACCCAAGCGCAACAAGAUUCCUAUUGUUUUAGUUAUUUGGAACUCAAGAUGUAGCCUAGAAUUUACUUAUGAACUAGAAAAUCAGAUGAUGCGCUAA